GGUGGCGGGAAGGCAUCGUCUAGUUGAAGGUGGCCGCGAUUUCGAUCAUAAAAUGGGCCCAAAUUCAUUUCGUUGACUUCUUAAUCGGGAAACCCUAGCCCAACUACUAUAAACAAUUCUAAAAUCUUACAAUAAAUACGCCGAUUUCUGCGCCCAUUAUUUGUUUCUCAAUUUCUGUCUAAAUAUUCAAGCUUUAUCAUGGGUGUGAAGCGACUCAAAAUUGAUACCAAAAUUCAACCCGAGAAGAAGAAGACGAAGAAGAAGAACAAGCGUGGUAAGAGAAGCUCUGUGGUCGAUAACGACGAUCGGAUAAGUCAGUUGCCGGACGAAAUUCUCACUGAUGUUUUGUCGUUGCUAUCGCUGAAAGAAGCAGGUCGCACUAGUGUUCUUUCGUCCCGUUGGAUGAACCUGUGGAAACACACCCACUCCCUUGAUUUCGACGGUCAAUGCGCGCUACGAGGGAUCUCGAUAUCGAAUGAGGGAAAGAAAAAAUCAUUGGAAGAGGUCGAGAGCCAAUACAAGUUGCUCAAGAGCGAGAAACGCAAGUACAUGAAAUGGGUGAACUCCGUCGUCCAAUCGCACAAAUCUCCCACCGUAAAACAGUUCAGAAUUAAUUACAGUUUAGACACGUCGGACAGGUGUUCGAUCAAUCGGUGGCUUGAAUUCGCCGUUUCCAGACAAGUUCAGAGUUUGGAGCUGGACUUUCCUAUUCCCACAUACUGGGGCGAUUGUUAUCGUUUCCCCGAGGAGUUAUUUGCCCCGAGCAGUAAUAAGGUUUUCGACGUUAAGUCGCUCAAAGAGUUGUCGUUCAAGAAUGUCAACGUGAGCGGCUGAGCUAUCGAGUUCUUUCUACGUAACUGCCCUCUGCUCGAAAAGCUGAUUGUCCGUUCACCUAGAAAAAUAUCGAAGCUCGAAGUUUGUGGUCCGUCGCUCGUGUUGAAACACUUGGAGAUAUUAUGUUUCUCGGGUUUGGAAUCACUUAAA